UGGCGCGCGGAGGAGGCGGUCCUGCGGCGGCCGUGCCCGAGGCCGGCAGAGGCGGCGGCGGCGGCCAUGGCGUACGGGGGGCUGGCGGUGCCCAUCGCGGCCGUCACCGCCUUCUGGGGGGUGGUCGGCGGCCUCCUGCCCUGGCUCGUCCCCAAGGGGCCCAACCGCGGUGUUAUCAACACGAUGCUGGUGACAUGUGCUGUUUGCUGCUACCUGUUUUGGCUGAUUGCGAUUCUGGCUCAACUCAACCCUCUCUUUGGGCCGCAGUUAAGCAAUGAAACCAUCUGGUACCUUAAAUAUCACUGGCCUUAAAGAUGUCCAUCUACUGCUGCAGUUUAUUGACUAGGUAAAGAAGAGAUUUCCUUCAGAUGAAAAAACUCCACAGAUCCAAAGAUGCCCUUAACGUAGCUGGUUGGAUACCAAACCUGCAUUAAUGCCUUAACACUUGUAUUGUGCUUUAAAUGGCUUGUUCAAAGCCCUCUAUUUUUUCCUACUAUACUGUUUAAGAGUGUGCCUAAUGCAAUUUCUAACUCCUCUUCAGUACUGUACAUUUUUAUCUGUUCACUUCAGGUGUGAUUAAAAUUUCUACUGUUUCUUAUGGAGACGUAGCUUCCCUGUUCACUUUACUCUGUAGGAACCUUGUGUUCUUAGAGGUUUGUCUGCUGUGCUGUUCACCCCUGUUCUGUUUGACUGCACUUGGAAAAAAGUGUGCAGUGCAACUGUACGAGGAGAAGAGAAAUGAUACGGCCACAUGUUGAUUGCCUUUUUUUUUUUUUUAGUGAGUUGUGUUUUGGGGAAACUCAGUCUUAAAUUUCUCAUACCUCAUACCUGGAAAUAAAACUAAUCCUCUGCUUUAUACAAAAUGCUCUUGUGCCAUAUUUAACUCUCCUGUGGUUUUAAUCAGAUGCUAGUUAGCCAGAGUUCAGCUGAGGACUAACAAUGUACUUGGGAGGGGAGGAUAAGAUCUGUUGAUACAACAUAGGGAGGGGAUGAGAAAUGCUUCAAGACAUGGAAUAUUUUGAAUAUGUAGCAGUUUUUCAAGUAUCUUGAUUUGCUCAUCAUAUUUAAUAUUCAGUGGUAUCAGUACAUACUAUUAUUAACUGUUUAUUUUUUUAAGCUUUCUAUUUUAGGUUCCAAGCUCUCACUCACUGUUGAAGCUAACAGGAGCAAUAAAAGCUAACAGUUCACAUGGCA